ACCAGGAUACAAACGAACGUCAAGUAUAAUAUGGUGACAUCGUUGCUAGCUUUCCCCUAUUUUGCACUCAUAUUCAUUUUCUACCGGCAGUCAAAUGGCUUCAUCAAAUCCUAUGAUAAUUUGUACGAAUACUGGAAGACUUUGCCAGUUCUGAUUCUGAGCAUACUGCACUAUGCGGUGGGCACAAGCUUUAGUAGUCGGCAACAUACCUAUACCUCUCUUGGACUGCUUUUCGGUGCCAUCGGCGACUACAUUAUCGCUCGUCCUGAUGAUGGCCUCAUUUUCGGUGCCGCCUGUUUUGCCACCGGCCACAUUUUUUAUUUGGUAACUUAA